AUGGAGACGGACACGGUGGACACAGGUCUGCCUACCCAAAGUUCAAGCUACAAACCUAUCAGCCUGAUUGGCAACGUCCUGGUGAUGGUGACUUACAUCUUCUACAAGAGAACCAAGACCAUGACGGACGUCUACCUCUUCAACGUGGCCGUGGCCGACCUGAUCUUCGUGGCUACGCUUCCGUUCGUCAUAUACAACGAGCAGCACGAUUGGUCGAUGGGCAGGGCGGCCUGUAAGGUGCUCCGGUCGUCCUACAGCAUUAACCUCUACAGCGGCAUGCUGCUGCUCGCCUGCAUCAGCUGCGAUCGGUACAUCGCGAUUGUUCGGGCGACGCGCUCCUUUGGGGCGCGCUCCCGCGCCCUCGUCUACAGCCGCCUGAUCUGCUCGGCUGUUUGGGUGUUUGCAGUGGCGUUAACUCUGCCCACGCUCAAGCUCAACCAGACUGAAACUGCGGCGCUCGUGAAGCUGCUGGUACCCAGCCUCCAGAUGGCCGUUGGCUUCCUGCUGCCGCUGUGCGUGAUGGCAUUCUGCUGCUCCUCCAUCAUCUACACGCUGCUGAGGGCACAGAGCAACCAGCGGCACAAGGCCGUUCGGGUGGUGUUGGCGGUCGUUGUGGUCUUCGUUGUCUGCCAUCUUCCGUACAACGUGACCCUGCUGAUCCACACGCUGUCUCUGUUCAAGCAGAGGAGCUGCGACGCAGAGAACCUUAAACUCAAAUUUCUCAACAUCUGCAGGACCGUCGCAUACCUGCACUGCUGUCUCAAUCCCUUCCUCUACGCCUUCGUCGGGGUCAAGUUCAGGAACCACUUCCGCCAGAUCAUGCUGGACCUCUGGUGCUUCAGCAAAAGGUACAUCUACACCGCUCGCUCGUCACGUGGCACGUCCGAGAUCUGCAUGUCAGAGCUGAAGUCGUCGGAAGGCUCCAACAACAUGUCGUCAUUCAGCGCGUAACACUUGAGCUAUGAAGGGAAAUCCGUCCGGCGCUCAUCUCAAGCUUUGCUGUGAAACUGUGCUUUAAUAAUAGAGACUGUGAGAUGUUCUCAUCUAACUGCAUCCAGUUUAUAUGACACAAAACUGGACAUUUUUCAUUCACAGGUGUAUAAAGUCCAACACUUGUCCAGAGAAACACAGGUGACCACAGCAGCUUAUUAAAACUAUAAGCACAGCAGCAGAAUCUCACACUUUGACUUCACGUAUUGUUCUUGUGAUUUAGAAGUAACUGUGUCAUGCAGGUUGCUAACUGUACUCUUUGCUAAUGAAGUUUGAUGCUAUAGAUUGCAUCUCUAACUUUUUUUAACGGGCAGGUUUGGAUGUUUGGGGCAUCGAGGUCGGUUUUCUGAUUUUCAAAGCUUUUGUAACAUGAACAUGUAAACACAUAAUCCUGCAGUCUGAGAACGAAGCGCCCUGUUGGAAUAAUUUGGUAUUACAGUCGAGGCGUUUAUUCCUGUUCUCGUGUCGCCAGCAGGAGCUUCUUUGUUGUGUAUGAUGAUUAAAUCUGCUGUUUUUAAAGAUAAGAAGCUAAACUUCCUCAUUUUCUGGAUCUUCCCGUAACUGUCACUUGAACCUCAUCUUCUUUUCUUGACCCUGCUGUACACGUGCCCUGCUGCUUUUAAUAUUUGGCAUUUUGUAGAUCUGUGUUUUUGUGCAUUAUUUGAAUAAAACUGUAAGAAAAUA